GACGUUUUGAUUGUAUGUUUGAAAGGUUGACAUUUAUCUUAAAUAUAGUUACGUGGUAUAAUAUUUAAUUCUCAAGUAAAAUCAAAAUAAAACAUGGAUUUCAUCAAUCGUAUACCUACCCAUAUGGACUUUGAAGGGCAAGCCAGGGCAGAAAAGUUAUCUAGAAUUAUCAUAACAUUAUUUGGAGCAGUUGGUCUCAUUUGGGGCUAUAUUAUUCAACAAUUUUCUCAGACAGUAUACAUUUUAGGUGCUGGAUUCGUAUUAGCUGCUCUAUUAACCAUUCCACCUUGGCCUCUAUAUAGGAAAAAACCAUUGGACUGGCAGCCAGUGAAGAAUAAUGAUAAUCAUCCUAAAGAGACUUCAAAGAAGGGAAAGAAAAAUAAAUAAUACUAUUUAAGCAUGUUUUUUAUAAUUUUUAAAAUAAACCUUGUUUGUAUCACUU